AUGGUUCACUUUUUCGACUUUCCGCGGGAGGUCCGCAACUUCGUAUACGAUCAUUACGUUACCAUCAAGGGCGGCUAUAUUCUCGACUUUGCCAGUGACACAAACCGAGGCGCCGGAAACGAGCCCCUUGAUCUGGCCUUUAUUCAUACUUGUAAAAAGGCGGCGAGUGAUCUCGACGGCCUGCCUCUGGCUCUGAAUGCGCUCACCUUUUCAACCGUCUACUUGGAAGAGCAUCGCAGCACCGCCGGUCGUUUCAAUCUGAUGGAACUACUAAGCGGACUUCAAGUUCUCUAUCGGCCUCGAGGGUUUGGUCAAUCUCGACCUAACCCAUGGGCAGUUUCAAGCCGAGAGUGGUUGGAAGCUGCCAUAUCUAAUUCGGACCGCUGGUUCAAGUCAGGUAUCAAUAGUCGCUGGAGCUUUGAUCGUCCAGGGUACCAAAUCAGUAAAAUCAAACAUCGCUACUCGGCUGCCGCUGUCGCCAUUCGUUUCCUCGAGUCGUUGUCGCAUGGUGCCAGAAUGGAAAUUCGGCGGAUAGUGUUGAACGAAGAUUGGAAGGCUGUUGGCUACGCAGAGUGCCAUGGCGUGGGCUUAAUCCCAUACUGUCUGGAAAACCCACUGCUUUUCGUGGACCGUCGCGUUGAUAUUUGGCGGACAGUCUUCCAGACAACUACCAUAUUUGAGUUCAAAGACCCCGUCAUGCCCCCAAAGGAUGACGAUCCUCUGCCUGCACACCAAAUAUCCUACCGUGCCGCUGUCUGGAUCGCGGAAGCGGUGGAGUUAGCGUACGCGGGUAUGCCCCGCGGCUGCUUGAGAGUCCGAUGCAGUUAGACCGGUACGGAGUAGAUGAGAAGUAAUUCUAGUUGCGCUUAGCCCAUAGUGAGAAACAUUCCAUCUAGUGUCCCAUAUUACGUCCACGAAAAUGGGAAGUUGGCGCACUUCCAGGUGAUUCCUAACAUAUCACACGGCAUGAUGCAGGGACCUAUAUCUGACAGGGAAACACCUUCGCCUCACAGCCUUCAAGUCACUACCGCCGGGAUGGACAGGUCCGUAUGGGACCCAAAAGGCUUUUUAUUCCGAGAGACUAAGGAACCUGGCUACAGCCUCCCAUAAUUCUCCUCGUAUCACCACUAGCUGGGUGACUCUUUGGCUCGAACCAGUCCGAUGGUUCACCAGACUACAUGUACGUUAGACGUUGUAUGGUUCAUGAGGUACCUUGCGCGCUCCGUGAUUGGGAGAAAUCUACAAUAAGGGACAUGCGGUCACAAAGCGGAAG